AUCUGCUUCUUUGCAAAGCAUACCAGUCUCGUUUUCCCUGCCUGGGCAAGUACAAGGACUCCUAAAAAGUCCAGCGCGUUUCUUUAAAGCCUCCGUAUUGUCUGCACAUUUAGCCUGUUUGUUCUCCGAGCACUACGAUCGCAAUCAUGGCGGACCUCGCCAGUCGCAUCUCGAAGCCCAGCGACACGCCGACGAACGAUGCCGCCGCCACGGGCGCGGACAAUGGCAAUGGCACUGAACAGCCGAUCGACGAUGGCAUCCAGAGCGGCCUUAUCGAGCCCACAUAUGAGGUCGAGGUGAAGCUGAGCGACCUACAAACCGACACAGACAACCCUCUGAGUUCGGGUGUUUCCUCAUUCGAAGAGCUUGGCUUGCCCAAAUCAAUUCUUGACGGCCUUCUGGCUAUGAACUUCAAGAAGCCGUCUAAGAUUCAGGAAAGGGCUCUGCCGCUCAUGGUCAGCGACCCGCCCAGAAACAUGAUCGCCCAGUCACAGUCUGGCACGGGCAAGACGGCCGCCUUUGUCCUCACCGUCCUGUCACGCGUCGAUUUCAACAAGCCUACGCAACCCCAAGCGCUGUUGCUGGCACCCAGCAGAGAACUAGCGCGCCAGAUCCAGGGUGUCAUCCAGCAAGUUGGCCAGUUCUGCGAGAACCUAAUCGUUAACGCUGCCAUUCCCGGCUCUAUCUCGCGUGAGACGGGCGUCAAGGCUAGCAUUGUGGUGGGGACACCGGGCACCGUCAUGGAUUUGAUCCGUCGCCGCCAGUUUGAUGUCUCCCAGUUGAAGGUUCUGGUUAUUGACGAGGCCGACAACAUGCUUGACCAGCAGGGCCUGGGCGACCAGUGUAUCCGGGUGAAAGGGAUGCUCCCGAGAACGAUUCAGAUCCUCCUCUUCUCGGCCACGUUCCCGGACAAGGUGAUGAGCUAUGCCCGGAAAUUCGCGCCGAAUGCGAACGAGAUCAAGCUUCGACACCAGGAGCUCACGGUCAAGGGCAUCUCCCAGAUGUACAUGGACUGCCCUACUGAGGCCGACAAGUACGAUGUGCUCUGCAAGCUAUACGGUCUCAUGACGAUUGGCUCGUCUGUCAUCUUCGUCAGGACGCGCGAGAGUGCCGACGAAAUUCAGCGGCGGAUGGAGGCGGACGGGCACAAGGUUUCAGUUCUCCACGGCGCGUAUGAGGGGCAAAACCGCGACGCUCUUCUGGACGAUUUCCGGUCGGGCCGGUCCAAGGUGCUCAUCACGACCAACCUCCUGGCACGUGGCAUCGACGUUUCUAGCGUGUCCAUGGUAAUCAACUACGACAUUCCUAUGAAAGGCGCUGGGAAUAAGGAACCCGACAUGGAGACAUAUCUCCACCGUAUUGGGCGUACGGGCCGAUUUGGUCGCGUCGGAGUCAGCAUCACGUUUGUUUUUGACCGCAAGAGCUUUGAGGCGAUGAAGGCGAUUGCCGAUCACUACGAGCUUGACCUGGUCCAGCUGCGCCCGGAUGACUGGGAUGCUACCGAGGAGAAGGUGCAGCAGGUCAUCAAGUCGAGCCGGGCGCGGCCCGAUUAUGCACCAAAUGUCCUCGGCAAUUGAGGGUACUCGCUUCGGGUGAAAAUGGUGGAAACGUGGACUGCACGGCAAGCUUUGAGAUGCCGGCGCAUCCUGCGAUGAUGAAAGCAGCAAUUUUAGGGCAGCUCAAGCGGUGAUGGAUGGUAAUUAUCGCCGCUACAUGGCUAUGAAAGGGAAAUGCACGAAUGGGAGAGAUCUCGAGGGGCGAAAUGCACCAUGACUUUGUAUUGCAGCAACUGGACCAAGAUAGAUACCAAAAGGAAAAGGGGGGUUUCUGUAAUCUGUACCUGUGUUGGAUGGUAAUAAUGAGAUGGGAUGACGUGAUGAGCGACCCGAGUAUUUGGCGCCCGGCUCGACUCUCUGAUGUACUUCGGAUGUUUCACAGAAGGUUGGAGUGCAUGUUUGUUUCGGUUGACA